AUUGGCCUGGGGGGGAAGGGGGGAAAGUGUGUUCGGACUGGAAGGGGGGGAAAGUGUCCGGACUGGAAGGGGGGGAAAGUGUCCGGACUGGAAGGGGGGAAAGUGUCCGGACUGGAAGGGGGGGGAAAGUGUCCGGACUGGAAGGGGGGGAAAGUGUCCGGACUGGAAGGGGGGAAAGUGUCCGGACUGGAAGGGGGGGAAAGUGUCCGGACUGGAAGGGGGGGAAAGUGUCCGGACUGGAAGGGGGUGAAAGUGUCUGGACUGGAAGGGGGGGAAAGUGUCCGGAAUGACGAUUGCGGUACGAUUGUC